AUGCAUUUCUAUCAGAAACUUCUGACCUUCCUGGCCUUCGGAGCCACUCUCGUAGCCGCACAGAUCACUGCUGGAGUCGUCGGUGGUUCCACUCAACUGUGCACCUUGCCUGCCGUACCUCCCUUCCCCGCCGCGUUCUUGGCUUGCCCGGAGCAAUCACUCUGUACCUCCGAUGGAAGCGGCUGUACCGGGGCUCGUCACAAUGCCCUUACAGACCAAUGCACCUAG